UUUGUGUUUGUGUUUUAAAAGAACACAACUAUUUUUGAAAGAAAUAAUUUCACAUGCAUUGAACAUUUAUUGCACAAGUUCACAUUCAGAUUCGCGCAUAUUCAGAUUUUGAGUUUAUUAUUUCCACACGGUGGCAGUAGAGCAGCAGCAGAGGUUCCAGCUGCAGGGAGUGAAGAAGAAGAAGAGUGAGGAAGAGCAUGGAGCGGGUUACCUGUCGGUUCUCCUCCAGCAGGUAACAGCGGAGGCACCGCGGGGCUGCAGCCGACAACCAGUGACUCUGUGGCGGGUUGAAGGACCAGGUCUCCCCGGUCGAGAGUCCGACAGAUGGAGGCCAGCAGCAGGGCUCGGAGGGACCCGAGGAGGCUGUCUGCCGCCGCGGAGGUCGGAGCAAACGUUAGCCUGCAAGAUGGCGAGCUGAUGGAGGUGAACCCUGCCGGGGACAGGCUCUCCGCCCCGGGCAGGCUGGGGGCUGCUGCCCGGCGGAAGGACCGCUGGAGCUCCGCUCCGCAGCCCGUCUACCAGAGAUACAUGCCCAAAGAGCCCAAUAAGUUCCAGAUCCCGAGGAAAACCAAGGAGAAGAGAGCUCUGUUCCAGUACGUCUCCAUCGAGUCCCGGGAGUACGAGGACAUGAUGAGCGUCCUCACCUCCUGCUACAUGGACACCUCCUCCUCCGGCUGCUUCACCUACAGCAAACCCAGACUGGUCCACAGCGAGCUGCUGGAGAAGGAGUUUGUGGAGAAGAGGAAGGAGAUGAAGGCUGACGGGAGGACAGACAUGGAGCUGGAGGAGACUUACUGCUUCCUGUUGGUGGAAACCGUUAAACUGCCCGUGCUGUGUGAGAAGGGGCUGUUUGUGGGUCAGACCUGGAUCACCGUGCUGGGAAACCCCAAUAAAGGAGCGUACCUGUGCAGGUACUCUGACCUGCUGCAGGCCAACCCGAUAACUCCUGGAUCCUCGGGGGAGAUCGUCAUCUUCAAAGUGAUGAAGGGGAAAGUGAAGAGCAUCUAUGAGAACAUGAAGAACCUUCUGGACCCGACGCCUCGCUUCGACAGCCACAUCGCCAAGAACGCCAGCAAGGUCACAUCCAUCAGCUCGUACCGCGCCUUCGAACUCACUCAGCAAUACUUCUACGAGUACUUGUUUGACGAGCUGCGGCCGCGACCUCGCCAGGUGUGUCCGUACGCCGUCAUCUCCUUCCAGUUCAAAGGGAAAGACUCUCCCCUCCCCAGCAAACCUCUGACCCCCAUCAGGUUGAACAGCCAAUCAGCAGAGGGGAGUAAAGAGCGUGCUCAGUUCACCGUCUGGUCUGGAGAUCUGGUGAAAGGGGACCGUCUCCUCUUCCAGGUCUGCCUCCGCUCCUUCUCUCCUCCCAUCCUGCCACACAGACUACCUGAGAAGCUGGAGAUCGGUUGUCUGAUGAAGCUCAGUGAGGUUUCCCAGCUGCUGCCCUCCGACCUGCUCUGCUACAACCUCUACACCAGCAGCCAGGAAGUUGUGAAGGAGGGCCACUGCUGCAGCCUGCUGGAGGUGACUGACAGAAGUCGCUCCACCACCAGCGUGACCAAGCUGCUGCAGGAGCUGGAGAUGAACAGAGUGGUCCUGGUGACUCCACUGACAGACAAAGGAUUCCUCUUCCUGAUGUCCAGCGUUCAGAUGGCCACUCCUGCUGAGAGAGAAGAGAACUGGAAGAGAAGUCUUCAGGCUUUGUUCGUCUUCCCAGAGUCCAGAGAUUUGUCCAAAUCCACGUUGAGGUGUCCGUCCUCGUCCCAUGAAGCCUCGGAGGCGGUGAUGCCGCGGCUGAACCACUUUAUUCCAGCACUGCACCAUUCGCUGGUCAAGGCGCGCGCCAACCCUCCUCCCGAGCUUUCUGCCGGCGUGGAGCGCCAGGCACGGGAAUACCUCGUCGGCCUGACUGAUGGCAAAGUUCGGCAGUACCCCAUGGGAGAGUACUCCCCCACUCUGGACGAGGGAGGGAAGCUGUUUCCUGCUCCCAAACACCACCGAGUCAAUAUGGACGGCUACCUGCGCUCUUACCUGUACAGCCCGGCUCUCUACCUGCUGUCAGUGGCCCGGGCCAGGCUGCUGGUGGAGGCGCACUGUGUCUCCGAGGAGCAGAAGGAGGAGAGGCACAGGAGGAGCGCUGGAGCGGCGACGGGGAAGGAGGCGACCAGCAACGAUACAGGAGGACAGACCAACGCUCAAAAGAUGCAGCAGCUGCUGGACCUGGUUUUGACCUGUAAGAGGAAUGCAGAGAAUGAGGUGAAGAGGGAAGAAGGAGGUGCAGGUGGAGGAGCAGUUGGAGGAGGAGGAGGAGUCGAAGGAGGUGCAGGUGGAGUGAAGGCACCAGGGAGGAAGAGAAAAAUGGAGCAAGAGACAGCAGAGAGGACGCUGAAGUUCCUGAAGGCAACACAGGAGCCAGGACGACUCAGCAAUACUCCAGUCGAGGGAAGCCAAGUCCCCGGCUCUUUUGCGUCUGUGAUUGGCUCUGUGGGUUUGAAGGACGUUGAUUUGAGGGAAGAUGGAUCUGAACUCGCUGCUAAACUUGUCGGGCUGCUAACAGGCAUCACCCAGGCUGCCAGUGGGACAGCCACCCAGAGUCUCGGGGAGGUGCAAGAGGAGGUGCAGAGGGAGUCGUGUCCGUUCGAUGGGCUGGCCACCAAGCUGGGCCUGCCCACCAACUGUGACAUCGAUCUGAGGAAGCAGGACGAGCUGGAGGAGCAGACGGCCGGCAGCGUCAGUAGUUUGGAGGGUUUCAGUCCCGGCUCCCACAGCGGGGAGAUGAAUCACCAAGGAGCAUCAGGUAGAGGUGGAGGAGGAGGAGGUGGUGGAGGGGGAGGAGGAGGAGGAGCAGUAGCAGCAGAGCCGGUGAGGAGAGCAGGAGGACAUGAACAGGAGGAGGAGGACGAGAUGAAGAUCCCGUGGGUCCUAAUCCCCAUUACAGGUGUGUGUGAGCAGAGGUACACCCAGAGAGACAGGAACAUCCCUCAGGACCCUCGUUUCCACCACCUCGCCACGGCAACCAGCAUCACCGCAGCAACCAAACCUCGGAGGACGAGUCCCACCCCGUCUCCGGAGCGAAGCCCUCCCCCCUCGCCCUGCCCCAGCCCUCCCGCCUCCCCCUCCCAGUGCCCGUCCCCAGAGCCCAGCCCUCCCCAGUCCCCGUCCCAGUGCCCUUCCCCGGAGCCCAGUCCCCCCCCCUCUCCCCCCCGAUGCCCGUCCCCGCCGCCCGGCCGCCCCCCCUCCACCUCCCGGAGAAGGUCCAUCGAGCCUUAUGAGCCCGGCACGUCUGACAUGCACAACGGUGCUAACGAGGAGCCGUUGGCCACGGCAACCUCCAGGGGGUUAACAGCAUCGUCCAAAGACGGAGAGGAGAAACCUCAGAGGGAAGAAGAGAAGAAUGAAGAUCCGUCCACCCGUCUGUCUGUCCCUCCAGAGAGGACAGCGGACUCCUCCCCUCCUCCCACUGAGGAGCAGAAACAGGGGGAGGUGAAGGAGGUGCAGUCAAAACUUUUGGAGCAGGAAAAAGAAACUCAGCUGUUUGAGAAAGAGGAGGAAGGGACUGAUGAGGGUAAAAAAGAGGAGGAGGAGGAGGAGGAAAGGAUGCAUAUUGUAACAAGUGACGAGGAACAGAACGCCUCCUUGUUUCCUCCCUCCACCUCCUUGUUUCCUCCCUCCUCCUCCUUGUUUCCUCCCUCCGCCUCCUUACCUCCUUCUUGCCUUGACAACAUUGUGGACAAACACCUAGGUGACUUCUUCUCUGAGAUCCAGCUCCUCCUGCAGGAGCAGAGCAUCCAUUACAGCAUCCCCCAGUCGCCUCACUCCACCUCCACCACCGAGACCCCCGCGCCUCCGCACACACUCCCACACGUCCCCAUAUCCCAGUUCUCCCAGUACGUGUCCUUCUACAACCCCAGCCCCCCGGUGCAGGACUACGUCAGCUCUCUGCAGAGCGGCAUCAGCUCCAUGAUGACGGAGCUGGACGACGGCUGGCCGAGCCAGCAGCAGCCCGGCAGCAGCCGGCCGGAGGCUGACGCCAUGUUGGCCAGUAAAGUUAGUGACUUUGUGUCGAGCAUCAGAGCCGCUAACGUCUCGACGGGCAGAGAGGAGGAAGGUCCCUCUGAUGAACUCUUGAGCCCUGCUCCCUCCAGAGGAAGUGAAGGCUUUCAACCUUUUUCUAUCACCAAACAGUUUCCUGAACGUCAGAAGUCUCAAGCCACCGUUUCUGUUACUACCUCUGCGUCUAGCAGCACUUCUCUCCUCAGCUCUGCUGCUAAUAAUAAAUCUAAUAAAUCCCCUCAGUCGCACUCGACCCGGCAGCAGCUUCUCCCUGCAGACAGCAGUAGAACCGCCGCUAGCAGCAGCAAGCUAACACAAGACAGCAGCACUUCCAGGACGCCUCUCUGCCCCCCUGCUUUAGAGGCCGGGGGCAGUCUGUCUAACAGUACGGGGGCCCUGUCGGGGGCCACAGAACCGUUGAGUCCCUCCGACCCGGCCUCCGGUCUGGCCCCUGCGUCCGGCCCCGGGGCCGCCCCCCCGGCCAACGCCCUGAGCUCCCUGAUCAGCCAGCUGCAGCCGGAGGUCUUCAACAGCCUGGUGGAGAUCAUCAAGGACGUCAAGAGGAACUCGCUGCAGUUCUACCUGCACAGCAGCGAGCCAGGAGACCAGGUCCACGACGACGUCAAGGAGUACCUGUUGAAGCAGGGCAACGUGGAGCAGAGUCCUCUGGCCUUCCUCAACCAGCAGAACUCAGCAGACAGACUGCUGGUGGUCAUUAAGAACAAGGACAUAGCUGGACACGUCCACAAGAUCCCUGGUCUGGUUUCUCUGAAGCAACAAGCCUCUGUGGUGUUUGUGGGCAUCGACACUCUGGACGACAUCAAGAACAAGAGCUACCACGAGCUCUUCGUCUCCGGAGGAUGCAUCGUUUCAGACGAGCUCGUCCUCAAUCCAGACUUCAUCACUCACGAGCGCCUGGCGUCCCUGCUGAUGGUCCUGGAGCAGCAGAGUUCUGUGGAGAGCGUCUGGAGGUGGAAGGUUCACUGCAAAACACACAAGAAGUUAAAGGAACAAUCCAGGUUCAGGAGGGAUGCUGCCAACCUGCUGGACGUCCUCUACGCCUACCAGAAGCGUCAGAUGGUGGAGUUCCUCCCGUAUCAUCACUGUGACAUGAUGAACCACCACUCUCCUGACCUCAGCUGUCUGAUGGAGCUGCAGGGACGCUACACCCAGUACCGCCACACCGUCUUCCUCACCGAGCAUCACUUUGAGGAGUUUCCUGCCUCCAGCAGCGGCAUCAUCGUGGCCAGCAUCGAGGAGAUCCAGCACGACUUCUCCAGACUGGUUGGUUACCACGACAACAAGGACCGCCAGCCCAUCAUCGACGGCAUGCUGGCGCCCAAAGGUCCUGAGAGGCAGCUGGUUCUUGGUGCUUCAGCCUCUGAUCGUUCUCCCUCUGUCUCCCCAGAACACCUGGUCCUCCCCGUCCUCUCCUCCUGCGACCAGCCUCAGCACCUCCUCCUGCAGCCGUCCGGCUCCAUCACCCCCACCCUGUCCCACCGCUCCGACCAGCUGGUCCCGGACGCCUCCUGUAAGGACGGCGUGCCGCAGCAUUCAGAGACAGACUUCGAGGCUCUGCGUCUGGCCAUCUCCCAGCUGAGGGCGGAGCGCCAGGCUCAGCUGCAGCAGCUGCAGCAGCUGGACGUCCAGGAGGAGCUCAGCUCCCUCAAGAGCUUCCUCCCCGACCUGGUGGCUACAGGGAGCGGCCACGCCGACCCUCGUCUGGCUAAAGGAGGCGCCACCAAGUCAACCAAGGACACGCAGGACAAGAAAGCCGUCGCAGCAACUCUGGACCUGAUUCACUCGGCGUUACAGCAGGAGACCACGACAGAGGAGAAGAGACGGGACGGAGGAGAAGCAUGGAGGAGAGGAGGAGCCAGAGACCAGAGAGACCAGAGAGAAGGAGGUCCAGGGAGAGGUGUUCAGCUCCAGGGAGGAGCCAGAGACCAGAGCUCAGCUGCUGUCAGAGCACCAAGCAGCCAGACAGACUCCAGCAGGGAGAGGAGAGAGAGAGAAGAUCAUAAAGGAGAAGCUGAACAUGUUGCAGCCUCCUGCAGCGCAGCACCUCCUCCUGCAGAGGGAGACAGACUCAGAGAGACGCCGUCAGGCCGGGAGCAGCCAAUCAGAGGAGAGGGAGCAUCGCCUGGCAACAGCACACCCAGCGUCACCAAGCAGAUCCAGCCGCCGAGUCUCAAGAGUCUCAACAACCAGCAGCUCCAGCCGAGUCCGCCGCAACUGCCUCAGCCGCCCCCCCUGCCCCGCCCGCCCCCCCCGCCCCACGGCCACCAGCAGCAGCCGUGGGCCGCCGGCCUCCUGCAGCCCCCACACCUGCCCCGGUACCCCUUCCCCCACCCGCUGGGGCCCCUGACCCCCAUGCGAGGCAGCCUCCUGGGGCCCACGCCCGUCUGGCCGGGGCACGCCGCCCUGGUGUGGGGCUUCCAACAGGCCGGCAUGGACUUCGGCGGGCCCCGAGUGCUCGGGGGGUACCACAACCCUGCAGGUCAGGGCAACAACAGGUACCGAGGGGGGCAGAGAGGAGGAGGGGGGGGCUUCAACGGGAUGUAGAGAACCGGUUCAUACCACCAGCUGAACCAACCUGCUGCUGGGUCUGCAGACUGUGGACCAAAAUAACUUGUUGUGUGUGUUUGAAAGCAGCUGUAGAGGAGAAUAAGUCCUGCACCCUGCUGGGUCUGGGUGCAGAAACUGUUUACUACCUUACUGUAACCACUACCUGUUCACCUGUUCACCUGUUGACCUGUUGACCUGUUGACCUGUUGCAGAAGUCUGAAGAACACUAACGGGGAAAAAACACUAAUUAAAAAAUGCCCUGCCCCUUUAAACGAGCACCGGAGAUUAGAAAAAGAAGAAGAAAUGAACCGUCAACAUGUUUUAAUCCAAGACAUUUGAGUAAAUAAUCACCUGUUUUGCUCAACUGACUAAAAUGAUAAAGUUCCCAGCUUUCUUGAACGCACCACCAGCUUGAUGGUUUUGACAUUUUUCCUGUCAACGAGAUUCUCUUCAGCAACACGACAAAGUUCUCUAAGGAACGUCUUGAGGAUGUUUUCCAGCGGGAGGAAACAAAGACGAGCUGCUCGUUGGUUCUCUUCAUCAUGUGAGAUUAUUAAAGACUCGAGAUGGACAGACUGCCUUACUCCUCUUCCAGUGGACUCUUUAUGUCUUGUAAAAAAAAAAAAGGGUUUUGUACUGAAUGUUUGGUUUGUUGCCCUGGGAGCUGUUUGUAUUUAGUUGUUGUUUUAUGUACAGUAGGAAGUGACUCUGUAACAGACUCCUUUUAACUUAAAAUCAUUUUUUAUGUUUUUUUACAUCAUUUUUUGUAUUAAAA